CGGCACGUAGCAAGUAACGUCGAAGUGAAAGGUUGCGCAGUCCUAUCAGAUGGAUCUUCCAGGCACGAAGGGUGCGAAAGAGCCCGUAAAGCUCCAGUUUCGGUUAAUCGUCUCGUCAAGUUGUCCGGAUCGCACUGGGCUAGAGUGGCCCCUACUGCAAUGUAAGACGUAUCCACAGAGAGGAUGACGGGAGAUGUGGACAUGUAGUCGAGUGGGCGAAGCGCCGGUGAACGGGACACCUUUCCGUGUGAGACCGAUCAGGGGGCUGGCGCGUUGGGCAAAGUUUCGGAUGAACAUGCGCACU